CCUCUCUGCAGCCUCCUGAAGUCAUUACACAAUAUCCUCCAUAUCCACACUCAGAGAUGAGGCAGGAUCCUCUACAUCCGCACAAGAGUAUGGCACAGUCUUCUCUUUGGCCUCCUGAAGUAAUUGCACAAUAUCCUCAAUAUCCAUGCUCAGAGAUGGGGAAGGGUCCAGUAAACCCACACAAGCAUGCAGCACAGUCUUCUCCACAGCCUUCUUUAGUUCAGCACACAGCAGGCAGCAACCAUAUGCUGACUGACCAUGCUCCAGCUAAAAGGGCAAGACUAGCAGGUAACUGUGACCUGAAUAGUGUACGGAUGAACCAUAAAUCCAAAAUGAAGAGAAGGUUUGAGAGUAUAUCUGAAGGCAUCAUAAGAACAGGGACACAAACACUCCUGAACAAGAUCUACACAGAGCUCUACAUCACUGAGGGAGAAAGUGAAGACGUGAAUAACGAACAUGAAGUUUGGCAGGUAGAAGCAGCAUCCAGACCACAAACUACAGACGACACAGCCAUCAACUGUAAUGACAUCUUCAAGCCAUUAACAGGACAGGAUAAAUGCACCAGGACUGUCAUGACCAAAGGGAUUGCUGGCAUCGGAAAAACAGUGUCAGUACAGAAAUUCAUCCUUGACUGGGCAGAAGAGAAUGAUAAUCAGGAUGUGGAUUUCAUGUUUGUGCUUCCAUUUCGUGAGCUGAACUUGGUCAAAGAUGCUCAAUACAGUCUUCAUAGGCUCCUGCUUGACUUCCACUCUGAGCUUAGUGAGUUGGAAAAUAGUGAGUACAAAGAUUGCAACAUCAUAUUCAUCUUUGAUGGUCUGGAUGAGAGUCGACUUCCACUGAAUUUUCAAAAGAACCAGCAGUUGUCAGAUGUAACAGAACUGUCACCCGUGGAUGUGCUGAUGACAAGCCUCAUUCAAGGAGCCCUGCUUCCCUCGGCUCGAAUCUGGAUAACCUCCAGACCAGCAGCAGCCAGUCAGGUCCCUUCCCAGUGUGUGGAUCUGGUGACAGAAGUACGAGGAUUCAGUGACCCACAGAAGGAAGAGUACUUCAGGAAGAGGAUCAGUGACUACAGUCUAGCCGACAGACUCAUCACACACAUUAAAGCAUCUAGAAGCCUCUUCAUUAUGUGCCACAUGCCAGUCUUCUGUUGGAUCGCCGCCACUGUCCUUCAGCAGAUACUGGAAGAAGAAGAUGGGAGGGAAGCCCCUAAAACUCUGACAGAGAUGUUCAUACACUUCCUGCUAAUCCAGACCACCAGGAAGCACCAGAAGUAUCAAGAGGAAACUGAAGCAGAUAGACAGAGCCUUCUAGAGUCCCACAAGAGUGUCAUUCUGAAACUGGCGGAACUGGCGUUCACACACCUGGAGAAUGGCAACCUCAUGUUCUAUGAAGAAGACCUGAGACAGUGUGGCAUUGAUGUCAGUGAAGCAUCAGUGUACUCUGGCAUGUGCUCUGAGAUUUUCAGGGAGGAAUGUGUGUUUGAACACCAGAAUGUUUACUGCUUUGUCCACCUGAGCAUCCAAGAGUUUCUGGCUGCUUUGCAUGUGUUCUCAUCUUAUCUUAAUAAGAAUGUGGAGGUCUUGGGACAGUUUGUGAAAAGAAAUGCCAGAAUAGCAAAAACACCACUUGAUGAGCUGUUGAAGAGUGCAGUGAACAAAGCUUUGGAAAGCAAGAAUGGACAUCUUGAUUUGUUUGUUCGUUUCCUUCAUGGAAUUUCCCUGCCGUCAAAUCAUGGGCUCCUGCUUGGCCUCUUGACUCAUACCCACAGCAGCCCAGAGAGUGUGAAUAAAACAAUCAAGAACCUGAAGGUGAUGCAGAGACCAAACAUCUCCCCUGAGAGGUGCAUCAAUCUCUUCCACUGCCUGGUUGAAAUGCAUGACACGUCUGUCCAUGAUGAAAUACACGCUUACCUCAAGGCAGAGAAGGGAUCAGUCAAACAGCUUUCACUGGCUCACUGUUCUGCCUUGGCACAUAAGCUUCUGAUGUCUGAUGGGGUGAUGGAUGAGUUUGAUAUAAGAAAAUACAAAUCCUCUCCAGAGGGUAUCAGGAGACUAGUCCCAGUUAUACGAUGCUGCAGAAAAGCUGUACUUUCUGGCUGGAAGCUAACAGAGGCAUCCUGUGAGACUGUGGUCUCAGCUCUGCAGUCUGCAAACUCUCCCUUAAGAGAGCUGGACCUGAGUCAGACUCAUGUGCAGAAUUCAUUACAGAAGUUACUGUCUGCUCUUCAGAGUCCACACUGUAAACUGGAGACAUUGAGACUAUCUGGUUGUCAUCUCACUGAUAAAUCCUGUGAGUCUGUGGCCAAUGCUCUGCAAUCAGCAAACACCCUGCUGGAGAUGGACCUGAGUAACAAUGCCUUGGGAGAUUCAGGAGUUGAAUUCAUCUGUAAGGGACUGUCUAGUCCUUACUGUAAGCUGCAGACAUUAAGGCUCAACCGGUGUGACCUCUCCAAAGCCAGCUGUGACAUGAUGGCAUCAGUGCUGCAGCGGCCAUCUUCCCCUCUGCGAGAACUGGACAUGAGUGACAACGACCUGCAGGACGGAGGAGUGGAGCUGCUCUGUGUGGGACUGAGACAUCCACAAUGCAAACUCGAGACACUCAGAUUAUCUGGUUGUCAGAUCUCACCCAAGGGUUGUUCUUUCCUGGCGUCUGCCCUCAAAUCAAACCCCUCCUACCUAAAGGAGCUUGAUCUUACCUACAACCACCCAGGAGACUCAGGUGUCGGGGAACUCUCAGACGGACUGAAUGAACCUAACUGUAAACUAGAGACUCUCAGGUUUGAUCAUAGAGGAGAAUGUAGAAUGAAACCAGGACCCAGAAAAUAUGCCUGUGAGCUGACACUGGACCCCAACACAGCAUACAGAUACCUCUCUCUCUCUGAGGGGAACAGGAAGGUGACAUGUGGGCUGCAGCACCAGCAGUAUCCUGCCCACCCAGACAGAUUUGACUCCUGUGAUCAGGUGCUGUGUAGAGAGGGUCUGACUGGACGCUGCUACUGGGAGGCUGAGUGGAGACUUGGUGGGGCUGCUAUAGCAGUGGCAUAUAAAAGCAUCCAGAGGAAAGGAGGGGGGGCUGAGAGUGUGUUUGGAGGGAAUGACAAGUCCUGGAGUCUGCAGUGCAGUAGUAACAGUUACACUGCCCUUCACAAUAAUAAGAGUAUUAACAUACCCGCCCCCUCCCCCCGCUCCAGCAGAGUAGGAGUGGACCUGGACUGGCCAGCAGGCACUCUGUCCUUCUACAGCGUCUCCUCUGACACACUCACCCACCUGUACACGUUCCACUCCACCUUCACUCAGCCCCUCUAUCCUGGGUUUUAUGUUUAUCUCUCCUCAGUGUCCCUGUGCCAGAUCACAUGAGCUCCUCAUCCUACAGGACACACACACUGCUGUGACAUGCACACAGGCACACACUCG